GACACACGCUCCAGCAGACAGACGACCAGGCAGCUCAAGAGACAGAUAGGCGAGUCCUCCCUCAAACUCAACCAGGACAAGAAAAGAGAAAAAAAGAAAAGAAAACUGUACAAGGCAGUAUUGACUAAACUGACUGCAAAACAGUAAGAUCAUUGACUAUAAUUUAAGUUUUCAAGCCACUUACAAACAGAAGCUGAAGAUGCCGGUGUGCACAGUCCUGGAGAAGAAAGGAGGCUGUGUGGUUAGAGCCGAGCUCAGUUGCAGUGUGAAGGAGGAAAAUCCAAAUAAGAGAGAGAGUUACACAGCUGACUGGCGCAGCAUUAAUAUGAAGACACAACCUGAGGAUCGCCAGUCGAUGCUGAUGUCAGACGACUCUCGUCGAGAGACUCUGUCCCGUUAUUGGCAGAUCCGUCCUCUCAAUCAAGCCUGCCCAUCGGGUGUGCUCCGAGUGGGCACUGUGGACACAGGUGUAAGGGAGCACCAGCUCUUACCCUACAGGAACACUCUGCCCUUGCCCAUCUUCAAGCCUGCUGAACUGGGCGUCCGCCUGGGCCGGGGAGCCCCACACACCCUGGAAGAUCUGCCUCCCGUCCGGGUUCCCGACGGAGUCUGUCCAGAAAAGAGACCAGUGGAUCAAAUCAUCAGGGACCUGCCUCCCGUCAAACCCAUGCGAAUGGAGUUUGCCAAAGCACCCAGAACCCUGGGGCGAUCCAUGUCCCAGGAGGCCCAGAGGGGCUGAAAAGCAGAAAGACAAAUAUGAGUCGAAGACUUUAUGGACUUUAUUAAAUACUGAGAUAAAAUGCAGGAUGAGACAGAAGGAUUGAGCAUGUAGAAACAGGUUUUUAGGGAUGGUCAAACAGAAUGUUUAGUGAGUGAAAUCUCAAAUGAUGAAAUGAUGUUCAUGAUGGGAAAAAGAAAGAUGAUCAUCCUCAUGAUGAUCUUUACGACAAGCAUAACGGUUUUGUAUAGUGAAUUUGAGUUGUACAUAGUAUUUGCUUGUUUUAUAUUGAGAAUACGUUCAAAACAGCACUUUUUUGCGUUGCCAUAAAUUGAAUGGACAUAGGUUCCUUUUUUGAGCUUGUGUUGAUGUUAGCUGCAUGUCAUCAGGCUUGGUUAUGCAAAAAUUUAAUGUUUAGUAAAAGAGAAAAACGUUUAUUUUUGUUAAAACUCAUUUAUUUGACUAAUAAGAAUUGCACUUUAUUGACAGUUGGUAUUUGUUGUUGGAUUUAUUGAUAGUUGAUAUUUACCAGAAUCAAUUCAAUAAAAUGUUAUUAGUAUAAAAUCAA